AAAAGUUGGGUGUGAGCCGCCAACCCAACCCCAAAGAAGAGGAAGUAAGCAGAUACGCGUGCCGAAAGUAAUUGUAAAACAAGAGGAAUGACAGUUGACAAGAAUCAUGUAAGAAGGUUAGUUUUUGUUCACGUUGAGACAACAAGACGUUUGCGUAUAUGCUGCAGUUAACGUUAGCAGCAAACCAAACGUCACAUGAAGGCGACCUAGCUGGCAAGCUAAUGUAAAAUGGCUAACGUUAGCCAAAAACUAACCCGCCAUAUCCAAUAAUAUUUAAACGAGAUAAAUGUUUAUAGACAUUAGGUACGACUAGCUAGUUAUUUCACGACAACUAUGGACCCGAGGCACAAAGAAAUACUCAGGAAACACCGGCUGGACCUGUCCGACCAAAUUUUAAUUGAGGACACCAUAGUUCAAUUCCUGUACCAGGAGAACAUUUUAACAGAGAGCCAGGUGGACGAGAUUCAGUCCCAAAUUAGCAACAAGAAGAAGACAUUGAGACUGCUGGAUAUCCUUCCCACCCGAGGUCCGCGGGCGUUUGGUACAUUUCUGAAUUCCCUGGAGGAAGAGUUUACUUGGGUGAGAGAAAAGUUACUCCAGGAUUUGGAGCAACCCAAUGUACCUGUGCAAAGUCCAACAGAUGAGUGGAACAUUCCAGAGGUGACGCUCCGAGCAGUCCCGUCCGACAGACAGUUGUCCCGGCUGGCAUCCCGUAUCGGGUCGGAGUGGGAGUCUGUUCUCCUCGACCUGGGCCUCUCCACGGGGGUGCUGUACCGUUGCCGUGCCGACCACCCUCUGAGCUUGCACGGGCAGGUGCUAGCAGGGCUGAUCCAGUGGAGGCAGAGCCAGGGGAGGAGUGCUACAGUCCACAGGCUCCUCCAGAGCCUGCAGGCCACUGACGUCCACCCCUCUACCCUGGACGAGGUGUUCCAGUGAGGGGAGCAGACACUAUGGAUCGUGGGUGAAAUGCUGAAUGGAUGACAGCCGUUAGCUCAACCAGACCAGGGUUUCCGUUAGGAAAAUGUUACCAGCAACAUUUUUUUUUACCAGACAUUUGUGUAAUCUACCGAUCCCAUGUGCAUUGGGUGCGUAACCUGAUUAGUGUCCACCCACGGUGCUCAGAAUGACAAAUCACAUUUAGAUUAUGGUAAUUCAUAGUAACAGAAUAUGGAAGUCGAGGAUGCAACGAUAAAGCUAGAAUAACUGUCUAUAGUUUACUUUUCCUUAGCCAGCUAGACAAGUAACUAACAGCAGAAUCACUAGCCUGUCAAUCUACUAUUCCCCAUAGUAAAAAAGUUUACCCGUUCUAUUGGUCAAGUUGAACAAUUCUGUUCCAAACCGACUGUAGGACAGUCGUGGGACGAUGGAGCCCAAAUUCAUACAUCCAGUAGGCUUCGGCUACAUGAAAUAAAAACAUUAAGCAAUGAGUGUGACGCAACAGAACGUUUAGUUUAAAAUGUUAAUCAACUAUUUAUUCACCUAAGUGCAGGCAGUAGGCUACUCACAAAUGUUCGUUCCAUAAUGCAAUUAGCGGGGAAACGCAGUUGUCAAAAGGGCACCACACACUUGAGAGGUUUCAAGCGACGGAGAUGAAAAUGUCCAUUAGAAAUUUAGAGCUCUAAUCGGCUACUUUGCCGAAAGGUAAGACAUGCCUCGUAUUAAAAGGAAAUGCAUAGCCUACUGCCUCCAGCUCAUUGCAAAGUGGUGUGUGACACAACAGCAGCUCUCAUUCUUUGACAGAUUAUCUGCUCAAAGGAUCUAUGCUGUACGGGUGUGAUAAAUAAGAUACAUAACAAAUAUACUGUAGCCUACACAUUUGCCAAUUUAAUUCCACUGAAUGAUGUAAAAUAACCUAAUAGAAUGAUAAAUAUGACCAGUCAAAUGCAUUUCCAUCAAUGAAGAGGCUAAAAGGCAUUAUUUCGCAAUGGGAUUUUUUUUCUUUUCCAGGACAAUUGGCCAGGGCCAAUGUUUUAUUUAUCAACAAAGAAAUAUAGGCCAAAAGCCGUCCAUUGCCGGCUAACGGAAACCCUGAGCGCAAUGCGUCAUUGGCCUGGCCCUGUUUUGUGUGUGUUGAAAUGAGGGAAUUUAAGAUGAAUAAAGUUAAUAUUCAGAUAAGAGUAAUUAACACAAUGCUGAGCAUAUUUCUGUUUUGUCGUUCUGUAAUACACGUGAUUUCCAGUGUUUUUAUUUGGGGAAACUCUUUCUGCUUGAUGGUCUGUGUUAUGAAUGGUUCUCGUAUCUGUUGAUCUUCAUAGUGAUUGACGCCAGGCUGGAGGACCGAGGACACUGAUUUGUUACUAUAAGAUUAGAAUAAGCCGAUUUGGAAAACACACAGGCCUACACACACUCCUGGAAACUCAGUGAUUGAGACCCUGAAAAGUCAACAAACACAACGUUGCGUCAUUCACUCUGUGGAAAACAAAUUCUAUGAUAGUAUUUUUUUUUUUUUUUUUUUUCAUGUCCAUUAAGUGGACCAUGGAAUUACGUAACAUCUAGUCUUAUUUUCACAACAUAUUGUUGUAACAUUACAUCACAAUGAAUCGGUGACAUUUAUGGCCAGUAACAAUAGUUGAGCACCGCUGCACUCGGUUUUUAGAAAAGUGAAAUGCCUCAACAAGGUCAAGGCUUUGUUUUUUUCAAGUGGAGCUGAAAUUAGAGUUUGUACAUGAACUAUAUUCUUGUACUUUUUGCCUAUGAUUUGCCUUGAAAAAGCAUUCUCUUAUUUGUCCACCUUUUUUUAACGUGGAACUGGAACAGGUUCUUCUCUCUUCAAAUGGCAUUACAAUGAUUGUAUUUUUCUGUGAUUGCUUCUUAUUUAGUGCUUUAUUGGUCUUGAUGUCAUGUUGGCAUUUCUUCAUGUAGGGCUAUUUUACAAAAUGUUUCAUUUCCAAAUGUUUACAGUUGUAAAAACAAAAGCUGUUUCAUCUGCAUGUGUCUUGCUGUUCAUGACCACAAGGUUAAUGCCAAACAAAUUCUCUAACUACUCUAAGUAAAUGUAAGAACAUUUUAAGAACCCGUUCUUCUCUGACAUGCACGACGUGUGAGUUCUGUCUGCACCACGGCCAAUGCUAGUAUGAUUGUUAAUAGGAUUCAUUUUAAGGUAAUUCAUAGCACAGCCACAUGCACAAAGUGAGUGUCAGUUACAGUUUACAUUUUUUUUUUUUGUGUGUGAAUGAAAAGCCACGGUGUUCCUGGGAAAGCUUUGAAGUACGACUAGGGGACUCUCAUACGUACACACCUCGCUGCAGGGAUUUUUACACAUCUGUUUUUGUGGAUUGACUGGGUUGCCCCAGAAAAGCCGAGCCAGGGAAACAUUGGCUAGCACAGGUAGGGUGCAGUGACUGCAGCUUGGCAGCAGUCAAAUCAAUCAAACUGGAUGUACUUUUUACAAAACACUAGUCACUGGGCAAGGCUAGAGGGGGAGAGGAACGUCUACCUACCCCUGCCUUGGUAUUUAUUAGGCAUCAGACUGAAAGUGGGACGGACUACCUCCCCUGAACUUGUCCAAUAAUAAAUACUUGUUUUUUGGUGUGCCCUAAUGACUACAACCCAGUUGUGUGGCAGUCCUCCUCUUGAGAUAUCUACAUCACCAUCCCUUUCUCUUUCACAGUCUCUGCUAUCUGUUGGUUUGGUUGGUGAGUGGUGGCUUUGGAGGAAAAGGUCAGAGACCCCUCUCAGCCUGUCCGCUGUCACCAUCACGUGGCCUGGAAGCCACGGUGACCUUCCAGGCCAGGGAUCAACUGUGUCUGAGACAUUCCCGGAUGCUCUUUGGAACGCUGCACACUAACAUCACUCCAGCCAAGCAUUUUGCCUUUGACUUUUUCGUCAGUUUAGACUGAACAGGAGGAGGGAUGUUGGGUAACUCUCUGCGGGGGAGUUGUUAGAUGAGAGUGUAUGAGAGUGUGAAUAAUGGAAGAUGUUUUGGCUGCUGUUGUCACAAAGCAGCAUGAGCAGGUUACUACAAUUGUGUUUAUAGUGCCUUUGUUAGGAGUGUUUUGGCCCAUACAGUAAGUAUUUCGAAGUGUUUUGUGAAAGUUUAUCGUCGACUUUUUUAAUUUUAAAAAAUGACGUUACGUUCCCCAAUAAGCAGCGAGUCGGAGUCAGAGGCCGAGUCUUCUCUGGUCUCUACUCCUCUCGUUACGGGGUCUGAGACGCCGAAGCUUCCCACCAUUAGCUCUGACAAAUUGAAAACUCUAGUCAUUGGCGACUCCAUUACCUGCAGUAUUAGACUUAAAACGAAUCAUCCAGCGAUCAUACACUGCUUACCAGGGGGCAGGGCUACCGACGUUAAGGCUAAUCUGAAGAUGGUGCUGGCUAAAGCUAAAACUGGCGAGUAUAGAGAUAUUGUUAUCCACGUCGGCACCAACGAUGUUAGGAUGAAACAGUCAGAGAUCACCAAGCGCAACAUAGCUUCUGCGUGUAAAUCAGCUAGAAAGAUGUGUCGGCAUCGAGUGAUUGUCUCUGGCCCCCACCAAGUUAGGGGGAGUGAUGAGCUCUACAGCAGAGUCUCACAACUCAAUCGCUGGUUGAAAACUGUUUUCUGCCCCUCCCAAAAGAUAUAAUUUGUAGAUAAUUGGCCCUCUUUCUGGGACUCACCCACAAACAGGACCAAGCCUGACCUGCUGAGGAGUGACGGACUCCAUCCUAGCUGGAGGGGUGCUCUCAUCUUAUCUACCAACAUAGACAGGGCUCUAGCUCCACAAUGAAAUAGGGUGCAGGCCAGGCUGUUAGCCAGCCUGCCAGCAUAGUGGAGUCUGCCACUAGCACAGUCAGUGUAGUCAGCUCAGCUAUCACCAUUGAGACCGUGUCUGUGCCUCGACCUAGGUUGGGCAAAACUAAACAUGGCGGUGUUCACUUUAGCAAUCUCACUAGGAUAAAGACCACCUCCAUUCCUGUCAUUAUUGAAAGAGAUCAUGAUACCUCACAUCUCAAAAUAGGGCUACUUAAUGUUAGAUCCCUUACUUCAAAGGCAAUUAUAGUCAAUGAACUAUUCACUGAUCAUAAUCUUGAUGUGAUUGGCCUGACUGAAACAUGGCUUAAGCAUGAUGAAUUUACUGUGUUAAAUGAGGCCUCACCUCCUGGCUACACUAGUGACCAUAUCCCCGUGCACCAUGCAAAGGCGGAGGUGUUGCUAACAUUUACGAUAGCAAAUUUCAAUUUACAAAAAAAAAAAAUGACGUUUUCGUCUUUUGAGCUUCUAGUCAUGAAAUCUAUGCAGCCUACUCAAUCACUUUUUAUAGCUACUGUUUACAGGCCUCCUGGGCCAUAUACAGCGUUCCUCACUGAGUUCCCUGAAUUCCUAUCGGACCUUGUAGUCAUAGCAGAUAAUAUUCUAAUCUUUGGUGACUUUAAUAUUCACAUGGAAAAGUCCACAGUCCCACUCCAAAAGGCUUUCGGAGCCAUCAUCGACUCAGUGGGUUUUGUCCAACAUGUCUCUGGACCCACUCACUGUCACAGUCAUACGCUGGACCUAGUUUUGUCCCAUGGAAUAAAUGUUGUGGAUCUUAAUGUUUUUCCUCAUAAUCCUGGAAUAUCGGACCACUAUUUUAUUACGUUUGCAAUUGCAACAAAUAAUCUGCUCAGACCCCAACCAAGGAACAUCAAAAGUCGUGCUAUAAAUUCACAGACAACACAAAGAUUCCUUGAUGUCCUUCCAGAUUCCCUCUGUCUACCCAAGGAUGCCAGAGGACAAAAAUCAGUUAACCACCUAACUGAGGAACUCAAUUUAACCUCGCGCAAUACCCUAGAUGCAGUUACACCCCUAAAAACUAAAAACAUUUGUCAUAAGAAACUAGCUCCCUGGUACACAGAAAAUACCCGAGCUCUGAAGCAAGCUUCCAGAAAAUUGGAACGGAAAUGGCGCCACACCAAACUGGAAGUCUUCCGACUAGCUUGGAAAGACGGUACCGUGCAGUACCGAAGAGCCCUUACUGCUGCUCGAUCAUCCUAUUUUUCUAACUUAAUUGAGGAAAAUAAGAACAAUCCGAAAUUCCUUUUUGAUACUGUCGCAAAGCUAACUAAAAAGCAGCAUUCCCCAAGAGAGGAUGACUUUCACUUUAGCAGUGAUAAAUUCAUGAACUUCUUUGAGGAAAAGAUUAUGAUUAUUAGAAAGCAAAUUACGGACUCCUCUUUAAAUCUGCGUAUUCCUUCAAAGCUCAGUUGUCCUGAGUCUGCAUAACUCUCCCAGGACCUAGGAUCAAGAGAGACGCUCAAGUGUUUUAGUACUAUAUCUCUUGACACAAUGAUGAAAAUAAUCAUGGCCUCUAAACCUUCAAGCUGCAUACUGGACCCUAUUCCAACUAAACUACUGAAAGAGCUGCUUCCUGUGCUUGGCCCUCCUAUGUUGAACAUAAUAAACGGCUCUCUAUCCACCGGAUGUGUACCAAACUCACUAAAAGUAGCAGUAAUAAAGCCUCUCUUGAAAAAGCCAAACCUUGACCCAGAAAAUAUAAAAAACUAUUGGCCUAUAUCGAAUCUUCCAUUCCUCUCAAAAAUUUUAGAAAAGGCUGUUGCGCAGCAACUUACUGCCUUCCUGAAGACAAACAAUGUAUACGAAAUGCUUCGGUCUGGUUUUAGACCCCAUCAUAGCACUGAGACGGCACUUGUGAAGGUGGUAAAUUACAUUUUAAUGGCAUCGGACCGAGGUUCUGCAUCUGUCCUCGUGCUCCUAGACCUUAGUGCUGCUUUUGAUACCAUCGAUCACCACAUUCUUUUGGAGAGAUUGGAAACCCAAAUUGGUCUACACGGACAAGUUCUGGCCUGGUUUAGAUCUUAUCUGUCGGAAAGAUAUCAGUUUGUCUCUGUGAAUGGUUUGUCCUCUGACAAAUCAACUGUAAAUUUCGGUGUUCCUCAAGGUUCCGUUUUAGGACCACUAUUGUUUUCACUAUAUAUUUUACCUCUUGGGGAUGUUAUUCGAAAACAUAAUGUCAACUUUCACUGCUUUGCGGAUGACACACAGCUGUACAUUUCAAUGAAACAUGGUGAAGCCCCAAAAUUGCUCUUGCUAGAAGCGUGUGUUUCAGACAUAAGGAAGUGGAUAGCUGCAAACUUUCUACUUUUAAACUCGGACAAAACAGAGAUGCUUGUUCUAGGUCCCAAGAAACAAAGAGAUCUUCUGUUUAAUCUGACAAUUAAUCUUAAUGGUUGUACAGUCGUCUCAAAUGAAACUGUGAAGGACCUCGGCGUUACUCUGGACCCUGAUCUCUCUUUUGAAGAACAUAUCAAGACCAUAUCAAGGACAGCUUUUUUUCCAUCUACGUAACAUCUACGCUGGUUGAAACUUUCUGUCCAAAAAUGAUGCAGAAAAAUUAAUCCAUGCUUUUGUCACUUCUGGUUAGACUACUGCAAUGCUCUACUUUCCGGCUACCCGGAUAAAGCACUAAAUAAACUUCAGUUGGUGCUAAAUACGGCUGCUAGAAUCCUGACUAGAACCCCAAAAAAUUAUCAUAUUACUCCAGUGCUAGCCUCUCUACACUGGCUUCCUGUCAAAGCGAGGGCUGGUUUUACUGCUAACCUACAAAGCAUUACAUUGGCUUGCUCCUACCUAUCUCUCUGAUUUGGUCAUGCCGUACAUACCUACAUGUACGCUACGGUCACAAGAAGCAGGCCUCCUAAUUGUCCCUAGAAUUUCUAAGCAAACAGCUGGAGGCAGGGCUUUCUCCUAUAGAGCUCCAUUUUUAUGGAACGGUCUGCCUACCCAUGUCAGAGACGCAAACUCGGUCUCAACCUUUAAGUCUUUACUGAAGACUCAUCUCUUCAGUGGGUCAUAUGAUUGAGUGUAGUCUGGCCCAGGAGCGGGAAGGUGAACGGAAAGGCUCUGGAGCAACGAACCACCCUUGCUGUCUCUGCCUGGCCGGUUCCCCUCUUUCCACUGGGAUUCUCUGCCUCUAACCCUAUUACAGGGGCUGAGUCACUGGCUUACUGGGGCUCUCUCAUGCCGUCCCUGGAAGGGGUGUGUCACCUGAGUGGGUUGAUUCACUGAUGUGGUCAUCCUGUCUGUGUUGGCGCCCCCCCUUGGGUUGUGCCAUGCCGGAGAUCUUUGUGGGCUAUACUCAGCCUUGUCUCAGGAUGGUAAGUUGGUGGUUGAAGAUAUCCCUCUAGUGGUGUGGGGGCUGUGCUUUGGCAAAGUGGGUGGGGUUAUAUCCUUCCUGUUUGGCCCUGUCUGGGGGUGUCCUCGGAUGGGGCCACAGUGUCUCCUGACCCCUCCUGUCUCAGCCUCCAGUAUUUAUGCUGCAGUAGUUUGUGUCGUUGGGCUAGGGUCAGUUUGUUAUAUCUGGAGUACUUCUCCUGUCCUAUUCGGUGUCCUGUGUGAAUCUAAGUGUGCGUUCUCUAAUUCUCUCCUUCUCUCUUUCUUUCUCUCUCUCGGAGGACCUGAGCCCUAGGACCAUGCCCCAGGACUACCUGACAUGAUGACUCCUUGCUGUCCCCGGUCCACCUGGCCGUGCUGCUGCUCCAGUUUCAACUGUUCUGCCUUAUUAUUAUUUGACCAUGCUGGUCAUUUAUGAACAUUUUAACAUCUUGGCCAUGUUCUGUUAUAAUCUCCACCUAGCACAGCCAGAAGAGGACUGGCCACCCCACAUAGCCUGGUUCCUCUCUAGGUUUCUUCCUAGGUUUUGGCCUUUCUAGGGAGUUUUUCCUAGCCACCGUGCUUCUACACCUGCAUUGCUUGCUGUUUGGGGUUUUAGGCUGGGUUUCUGUACAGCACUUUGAGAUAUCAGCUGAUGUACGAAAGGCUAUAUAAAUAAAUUUGAUUUGAUUUGAGAUCUCCUCUAGAGCAGUGAUGUUUUGGGCUGUUGCUGGGCGACACGGACUUUCAACUCCCUCCAAAGAUUUUCUAUGGGGUUGAGACUGAUUUCCUAAUAAUUGCUCCCACAGUUGAUUUCUUCAAACCAAGCUGCUUACCUAUUGUAGAUUCAGUCUUCCCAGCCUGGUGCAGGUCUACAAUUUUGUUUCUGGUGUCCUUUGACAGCUCUUUGGUCUUGGCCAUAGUGGAGUUUGGAGUGUGACUGUUUGAGGUUGUGGACAGGUGUCUUUUAUACUGAUAACAAGUUCAAAUAGGUGCCAUUAAUACAGGUAAUGAGUGGAGGACAGAGGAGCCUCUUAAAGAAGAAGUUACAGGUCUGUGAGAGCCAAAAUCUUGCUUGUUUGUAGGUGACCAAAUACUUAUUUUCCACCAUAAUUUGCAAAUAAAUUCAUAAAAAAUCCUACAACGUGAUUUCUGGAGAAAAAAAAAUCAUUUUGUCUGUCAUAGUUGAAGUGUACCUAUGAUGAAAAUUACAGGCCCCUCUCAUCUUUUUAAGUGGGGGAACUUGCACAAUUGGUGGCUGACUAAAUACUUUUUUGCCCCACUGUAUGUCAUUCUCGACCAACAGAAAAUGCAUCCCUCCCUACUCAGUAUUAAAGGCUUGGUUUGACAGUC